CAACUUCCAUGUAUUGCGGCAGUUUGCCGGUCGAACAGCGGCGGUAGACAACUUCAUGCGUGUUGAGUAGAGUUUUGGGAGUUCGCGGCGGAUAACUCUCGUAUAUAAACUUCGAAAAAAUCGAGUGCAUUUUAUAUUUCGAGAAGAAAAGCUAUUUGUGAAUAUUUCGGAUUGAAGGACAGGCUAUAUACCCACUGCGAUGUUCUGUCACAAAAGAUUGAUUUCCUUCAGCAUGGAGCCUCUUUGAUCUAAAAAAAAAACUAAUACGCCGCACAAGAGAUAAUAAUAAUUACUCUUUAUACUUUGAAAGUAGACGAAACUCCAAUAUAUUUCAAAAAAGAACAACGACUGUUUCUCUCACUCUCAAUUUCUGGACGAAUCAUCGCAAACAAAAUGGCCAUGAAUUUAGGCACACUGUAGGAGAAAGCUGGAAAAUAGUGCUGGAAAUAAUGUGAUUGGUUUUGAUGGGUUUGUUUUCGGAAGCCUAAAUGUGAACGAUGAUAGUGGUCUCUUUGCAGCUCAUCUGCAUCCAUUUGCUCACUGGCCUGAUGUGGGGUUUAUCUGCCAGUACCGGCUUGAGAUGGGUGAAAGUGAGCGUUCCCCAGUACCGAGAGCCCGGCGAGUCGGCAACGUUGCAAUGCGACUACGACCUGGGCAAUUUCACCCUGUAUGCCGUCAAAUGGUACAAGGAGCACGAGGAAUUCUACAGGUUCGUGCCCAGAGCCAGGCCGCAGGCGAACUGGUACGAAGUCGAUGGAGUACACGUGGACAUGUCGCGGUCUAACAGCAAAAAAGUCGUCCUUCAUCCAGUAUCCUGGAAAACCAGCGGUCUAUUCAGGUGCGAGGUAUCAGCAGAAGCUCCAUCCUUUGCUUCAGCUCAAAGUGAAGCUAGAAUGGAAAUUAUAAUACUACCUGAAGAGGACCCUGUCAUAACAGGAGAUGAGAUGCAGUACCAAAUUGGUGACGAUAUUAAUCUGAACUGUACUUCAGCAAAAAGUCAUCCAGCAUCAAUACUUCAUUGGUAUAUCAAUGAAGAACAAAUAACCAGCCAGGACGCGCUGGUCAACUACCCUACCGCAAGGCACCCCACAGGCCUCGUUUCGUCCACUCUCGGUCUCACCUUCAGACUCGCCCACAAUCAUUUCAGGGGUGGCUCGAUGCGCGUCAAGUGCGUCGCCUCGAUAGCGCCCACCCUGUACAGGGGCGACAGGGAGAGCAUUGUGCGCAGCGAGAAUGCGCCCAUCAGGGAGGCCCUUCUGCUCGUUAACAGUUCAGCAGUUAGAACACCAGCUACUGUUUCCGUUGUGGUCGUGGCAACGCUGUGUUCCCUUCUUCUGAAGAUCUAGAAGUAUGUGUCAGUGCUGCUGACAAUUUCCAAAUGAUCUGAGGUGGACAGAAUUUGUUUACAACUGUGAUAUAAAGUUAAUUCGUAUUGUGGACACAACGAAGAAUAUGAAUGCAUAAAUUGAUUCUAACCUACAUGGUGUGAGCACUGUUUUGAUGCUGCUUGCACCAUUCCAUAGCCUCAAUCUACAGGGUGUAUCUAAAUAACACCGAAAAAAUUCAAGAUUCAGAUACACACUGUAUAGUUAUCUAUUAUAUUUUAUCGAAACUUGUAUAUUGUUCUUGUAUGAAUAUGGAAAUUGUUCAUCCGAAAUGUAUUUUCAAUAUAUCUGACAAGAGUUUUCAUUGGUGAGAAAAAAUAGGCUUUUUGUCUAUCUGAAGCACAUCAGUAGAAAUUGUUCGAAAUUUUUCAUGAAGCUUGAACUCAAAGAUUCCUUUAAACCAUGAAUAGAUAAUCAGUGUGCUGAAUUGAAAUAAUACCAAUAAAAUGUAUGUGAAUAGUUCUCAUAUUUAGGAAAUGCGAGAUUCACAAUGUAAUUUUCCAAUUCCACAUGGCAUGUCAUCAAUUCCCCAUCCGUUGUGACUUUAUUUCAAAUAUUUGCUAUAUUUCAUUUAGCAUGACUUCUGAAAGCAGUGUCCAUAUGUACUCAAUAUUUUCUGCAAACAUUUCAGUGUUAUUUGAUCGUCAACAUGACUGUAGGUGUAUGAAGUGAGCACGCAAAAAAUUUCACUUUUUUGUUUUUUCAUUGAAUGUGACAUUCAUACGUACUUCACCAAUACUGAAAAUUUGACAACUCAUAGAUCGAUAAUUAAAAUAAAAUAGAAAUUCAUUGACAGAACAAGAAAGUGACAGUAUUAGUGGACACCUGGUAUAGUAGGCAGUAAAAUAUAUGACUUUUCAAUAAAAUUGUGCAUCAAUUAUUAGUGAAAUAUUUUUCUCGAAGUUAU